AUGGCGAGGCGCAGUUAUGCGUCUACGGCCCCCCGAGCGGCAUCGCACGUCCCGACCCAAACGUUGGGCCGGAAACGCGCGCUGGCAGCCUGUCUCCGCUGUCGACGGCUCAAGCAGAGCUGCGACGCUGACCGGCCGUGUCGACGGUGCGUACGGGCCGCCGAGGAGUGCGAGGACGACAACUACGAUGAGCCGCGGUACUCGCCCGAUUCGGCGUCACAUUCACAUUCGAGCGUUCCAGCCAUGCCGGCCUUGUUGCACAGCGCACAUGCGUCACGCGCAGCCUCGCCUGUCCCUGUUGCAGCUCUACAGAAACGCCUUCGUGUCGCUGACGGAAUCACCAUCUCGGGACAACCGCUGCGCACCUUUGUGCCUGCGCUGCAUGACGACUUGGGGAACAUCCUCGCCGUCUUCCCGUCACAGGACGAGUGUCGUGCCCUACUGGCAAAGUUCCUCAACUUUGACCUCAUGUUUCGUGUCGUGCACGUCCCGAGCUUUACGCGGCGUGCCGAGGCUCAGAUUGCGCGCCUCCCCCACGCGGACACGGGAGAUGCGCCUUUCCUCUCGUUGCUUACCGCGUGCUUCUGUACCGCGGUAACGGUAUCUACUAGCCCUGACCGUGUUGCUGGCGAGCGACACAUGAUAGCGCUGCAUGAGGGGUUGAUAUCGUUCUGCGAGAACCAAGGCGCAUAUACAAUCGACUAUGUCCAGGCACUCGUCGUCAAUGCGUGCGCACGGCUCGGAGGCGGCGCAGCAUCCCCAGCUACUCUGUUUCUCGAACUCGGGCGCGCGUACCAGGCCGCCCUGCUUGUUGGCAUGUACCAGGACCAGCCGGGGGAGACAUUGUUCCAGCGCGAGAUGCGUAGACGACUGUGGUACCAGAUUCUCAUCCAGCGACAUCUCAUGGCGGACCGGCUGCACAUCGACUCGCAGCUCGACGUCAACGUCGUCCCGCGGCCGAUGAUCAUCUCGGACGAGGUCAUGGAUAACAUGACAACUGGCGUGUCGAGUACACCCCACGUCCUUACCGAGUGGGGGUAUGUUGAUGCACGGGCCGAGCUCGUCAAUCUCAUGCUGGACCGUAAGAAGGUCAUGGCGAACGAGAGGGUGCCUCUCCCAGAACGGUGGGAGGCCGCCGAGGAACUGAUCGCCCAAUACCUCGACCGGCUACCACCGCACUUCCGCACGGCGCACUCUCGCGGUCCAGGCAUUCCAAACUGGGUUCAUAUGCAGGCGUGCGUGCUGGAGAUUGGGGCGCACGACCUCAGCACCCAGCUGUAUCACACGUACUUUUCUUCGCGCGACCCCACCAUCGUCUCCCUCGCCCUCCUCAAGGCCGUCAAGGCCGGCCACCGACUCGUGGACUCGACGCGCGCACUCAUGACCUUUAUUCUGUUCGACUAUGUCGAUGCCCCGUCAGCCGGAUUGUGGACAUACACGAUGCGCGCAUUCACCGCCGGCCUCCUCAUGGCGUACUACAUCAUGGUCGUCCCGACGUGUCCCGAGGGACCGAGCCACAUUGCCGCGCUCGAUGCCAUGGUCGGUGUCCUGCGUUCAAGCGUGUCCAUGGGCGGCUCGACUACCAGUAACUUGGAGGCACUCAAGACGUUGGAGAUGUUACGCGCCAAGAUCAGGGGGACGGCAGCGGACGACGACGUCGUCGGCGUCACGGAUCCGUAUACGGGCGCAGCGGUUGCUUUGCCGUUCAGCAUCCCGAUCCAGAACGUGUUACCGGGAGACUGGCUCGAGUGGGACGCGUUAUUCCGCGACUUGUUCGAGGGCGCCCCAGACGCCCACAACCAAGUCGAGUCGAUGGUCGUGCAGUGCUUUGAAGAGCUGGGCUAG